UAAGGCCCAAUAAAAAGCUUUCUAAUACCCGAACAAUUUCGUGCCCUAAUUUUCUUUGAAAAAAUGGGAGAAAACAAGGAGCUGCUGAGCAAAAAAUUGAAAAAAAUCAAAUCAAAUUCUUCGGAUUCCAAGAAAAAGAGCAAGAAUCGCAAUCCUAUUGAGAAGAAGUGUAGUGAAGUCAAGAAUGGUGAAGAAAAGGUUAAAUCUGUAAAGAAGAUUAGGAAGCAUGAUGAGGUCAAGCAAGCUGGUAACAUCGAUGAAGAAAACAGAAUUGAUGAAGCAAGUCGUAGGAAGAAAAAGAGGAAAGUGGCAAAGGCUAAAGAUAGUGACAAAGCUGAGAUUAUCUCUAGCGAAAUAAAAGAUAGCUCUGAUGGAGAUAUUGAAGCCGAAGAAAAGCAAAGGAGCAAAUUAAGGAAGUUAAAGAGAAAAGGCAAGAAGACAAAGAAGUCUGAGAUUGAAAAAGUUAAUGAAUCUGAUCAUGAAGUUGAAGGCUCCAAUUUACAAAAGGGCAAGUCAAAAAAAGUACGUAAAGCAAAAAAGGUCCGCUUGUUAUCACAAGAUGAGGAUGUGCUAGAAGAUAAUGAAGUCAAGCAAGAUGAGGUUUAUGAGAUAUCUUCAGGGGAUGAGGACUCCUCACAAGGAAUGAAAAAGUGGAUUAUGGAAUAUCAUCAGAGUAGACCAGGUGUGAAGAUACUGCAAGACAAGAUUGAUGACUUUAUAGUAUCCCACGAGGCAAAGCUAGAACAGGAAAGAAAAGAAAGAGAAGCUCUUGCAGCAGAAGGUGGAUGGACCGUUGUUGUGCAUCAAAAAGGUAGAAAAAAGACUACAGAGUCUGAGAGUGGCACUGCGGUCGGUGCUGCACAUGCUACAGUAACAGACAGGAUUGCCAAAAAGAAAAAUAAAGAAGUUGGGCUAGAUUUCUACAGGUUCCAGAAAAGGGAGGCUCAAAAAAGUGAAAUUAUGAUGCUGCAGAGCAAAUUCGAGCAGGAUAAAAAACGGAUCCAGCAAAUGAGAGCGGCACGGAAGUUUAAACCAUACUAAGUUGGCUAAGGCUGACAUUUUGUUAUUUAGGGCAAGUUUAUGAUGUUCUCUUUAGGUGUGGUACGGUAACUUGUUGCCAAUUCCACCCCUUUUUUGUCUCUAGUAUUGCUCCAAUUGGCUGUAAUUUUUUGUACUUUUGAAGCUAUUAUAAUUUACAAUCUAAAAAUGUUUAUCA